UAAUAUUUACAUAUUUUCCAUCUUUAUUGUUAUUCAAGAUUUUCCAUUCUCCAUUUGCUCAUGCAUCAAUAGGAUUUGCAUAUAAAUAUGGCACCAACAUCAACCCAAUUUUCCACUUCGUCAAGAAUGGGAACAUAUGAUUCACUUCACCAUGUUAGCAUGUCGAACUGCAUCUUCGAAGAUCACAUGAACACGAAGAAGAGCCAUACCAUCAUCAGUCAACCCGAAUCAACAAGACUAACCAACAAUAUGGAGUACACUUCUCAAGAAUCAUUAGAAUCUUAUCGGGAGUCGGAUAAGAAUAUUUCAGAUAAGUUUCAACGACGAUUAGCACAAAACCGUGAAGCUGCACGAAAAAGUCGUUUAAAGAAAAAGGCCUACGUUCGAGAAUUGGAAUCAGGGCGUCUAAAGUUGGAGAAACUGGAGCAUGAAAUCAAGAGGACUCGACAACAGGUUACGUAUGUGGAUCCACCAGGCUAUGGUCAACUACCUGGUAUUGCUACAUUUGUGGCUAAGUAUGAUUUAUGGGUUGUUGAGCAACAUAAAAAGGAGAGUGAACUUAUGAAGAUCCUACAAACCGAUGUCGAUGCCUUUAAUUUGUUAUAUGGGUCGUGGAGGUCUCCCAUUGAGAGGUUGUUUGAAUGGCUUGGUGGAUUCCGACCCUCCGAGGUUCUAUAUAUACUAAUGCCAUGGUUUGAGCCAUUAACAGAUACACAAAUAGUGAAUUUAUCCAAGCUUAGACACACAUGUCGACAAGCCGAAGAUGCAUUAACUCAAGGAAUUGAUAAACUUGAACAAACGUUGGCUCAAAGCGUCGCUAUUAACAUAACGGAAAGUGCAAAUUGCAACACAUGGAUGAUUUCGGCAAUGGAGGAGCUCCAAGCACUUGAAAACUUCUUAAACCAGGCGGAUCAUCUUCGAUAUCGAACGCUACAACAAAUGUCACGGGUCUUGACAAAUCGUCAAGCAGCAAAAGGGUUGCUGGCAUUGGGCGAGUAUUUCCAACGUCUUCGUGUACUAAAUUCACUUUGGUCUGCUAGACCUCAUGGAUUAGAUUUCGUUGUUGGUCAAAAAAUGUAAAUGUAGUUUAUAGCAAUAUAUAUAUACAAUACUUAUUUUAACGGUAUGUGUUGCACUCUAACGUGUUGAGGUUUUAAAGAUGCGAAAAAUAUGUUCCUCCCCUAAAGGGUUGAGGUUCAAGUCUAUAGUCAUCGGUGUAACUUAGAAUUAAAAUAGGACCCGUUCAAAAAGUAAUGUUCAACGGAAGGUCGUUUACUUAAUAAAUGAACAUACACAAACAAGAGUUUGUGUUUGUGUAGCUAACCUAACGAACACGGAC